AUGAAAGUAGUAUCUUCCCUGAUAUUAUCCCUCCUCUUUGGAGCAUUGAUUAAAUCAGAUGUCAUCCCCAAGAAAAGUGGCAUUCAGACUCUAGUUCUUCUAGACGACUACUCUAUUGUAGAGUCCCACAGCAUUUUCUUCGACAGCCUUCAAAGAGAUGGCCAUGUUUUGUAAUACGAGAUGAUUUCCUCUAAUACCCCUACUAUUAAGUACUAUGAGGAAUACUACUACGACAACAUCAUCUUAAUGGCUCCAUCAGUCAAAGAAUUGAAGACCCCAAUUACUCAUUAAGAUCUUUUGGAUUUCGUUUAAGCCAAUCACAAUAUAAUGAUCUUUGGUGAUGCUGAUGUCAAGAAGCCAAUCAGAUCCCUCGUCAACGAAUUUGGAAUGGAAUUUGAGAAUGUCGGUUAUGAAGUUAGAGAUUAUGAGCACAGUAGAAUCUAUACCAAUGAAAACAACCUAGUCGUUUCCAAGAACCUUUUUACUCCAUUCAAAAAGGAAUCAAAUGGAAUUUUCACUGUGCCUGAGACAUCUAUUGCAUUCACUGGAGUUGGUCUAAAUAUUGAUUAAGCCAACAAUUUCGCCUUCCCCAUUCUCAGAGCUGAGAAAUCUACUUUUUCAUUCAAUAAAGAGAAUAAUGAAGUCUCAAAGCUUUCUGGAGAGCAACUAACUUUGGUCGCUGGAUAUCAAACAAGAAAAAAUCAUAGAGUUUCAGUUUCAGGUUCUCUUGGACUCUGCUCUAACAAUCACAUGCUCCUCACUGUUGGCAAAAACGGCAGUAUUCAAAGCUCAGCUAACUAUGUAUUCUGCAAAGAACUCUAUCAAUGGACAUUUUAACAGAGAGGUGUUUUGAAGCUUUCCAACCUGAGACAUAACAAGAAAGACGAGAAAUGGGAGGGUGUGAACCCAGAGAACUACAGAGUUUUGGAUGAACUUGAGUUUAAUGUCGACAUUCACUAGAAACUUCCAGAUGGAACUUAUGUCCCCUUCGUUGCUGACGAUAUUCAACUUGAAUUCAUUAAGCUUGAUCCACAUUACAGAAUCUUCUUGAAGCAAGAAGAUAAGACUUCACCUACUUAUCAUGCUGCUUUGAAAGCUCCAGAUGCUCUCGGAGUAUUUAAGUUCAAGGUUACCUAUUGGAGAUAUGGCUAUUCAUUCCUUGACGAAGAAACUGUUGUAUCUGUUAUUUAAUUCAGACAUGAUGAAUAUCCAAGAUUUUUGAGAGUCGCCUACCCAUACUACUACAACAUCUUCAUUAUGAUGGGAGCAGGAUUUUUAUUCAUAGUGUUCUUCCUUUACUCAGAUGUCGGAAACACAAAGCAAAAGCAGAAUUGA